GUCAAUUUGUCAUCGAAGAGCUAGGCAGGCAGGAUUUGGAUAUUUAUUUCACUAGAAUACGAAGCAUAAAUCUAAUUAUCAAUUCAUGAUACAUCGCACUUUUUUGUUUCCUAUGAUUAAAAAGUUUGAUUUGGUGUAAAAAAAAAAUGGCAGAACAAAAUGACAACGGUGAUAACCCUCUAAACAUAGAUGGAAAUAAUUUCAAUGCUGAUACGUAUUUAGAAUGCAUCAUGAAACAUGCUACGUUAAAACAGGUGAUGGAUAAAGAAGCUGAAAUAGUGACACAAAGCCAAUUUCUUCAAUCUGAGAUGCAAACGUUAGUGUACGAAAACUACAAUAAAUUUAUUUCAGCUACAGAAACAGUACGGAAAAUGCGUUCUGACUUUAAAAUUAUGCAAGAAGAAAUGAACAAACUCAGUGAUAAUAUGAAUAAAAUAACGUCAUUCAGUGCCCAAAUAUCAGAGUCAUUAAAAGAAAGCGGAAGUAAUGUGAGUCGCCUGUGUAACACACGUCAGCUUUUAGACAAAUUACAGUUCCUGUUUUUAUUACCAUCACAGCUUAACAAUGCAAUUUUAGAAGGCAGGUAUGUUGAUGCUGUUCAUGAUUACACACAUGCUCAAAGAGUUUUACAGAAAUAUGGGAACCAGCCUUCAUUUCAGAGUAUACAGACUGAGUGUUUAGAAAUUAUUUAUGGUUUAAAGAAAACUCUAAGAGAAAGGUUACUAAAUCCAGAAACUUCAGCAUCAGAAUUAGCAGAAAGUGUGGGUUUGUUGAGGCAACUUCAAGAAACAGAUUCUUCACUAAGAGAUAUAUUUUUAAAUUGUGCUGAAAACAGACUUGAUCAGCAUUUACAGGCUUUGAAAUCUAUAAUUGAAAACACUGAUAUUAUAGAAUGGGUAGAAAAGUGCAACAACACUCUGUUAGCUGAUUUAGGGAUUAUUGUUUCAUGCUAUCAUGAAAUGUUCCAAGAUGAAGAUUCAAGAAAUGUUCCUGAAUUUGCAGACAAAGUAUUAUUUCAAGUUUUUCAUCUUUUCAAGGAGGUUUCUAAGAGACCUGAAAAUGUAGGCACAGAAAUCUUGAUAAGAGGUUUGGAUAAGUUCUUUAGAAAACUACAAGCAAUGACUGACAUUGUCUCGAGUGACACCAUAUCUAAUAAGGCUGUUGAAGUUGUCAUCCAAUGUAUAAGUAACAAGGCUACUAUACAGUACCAGACUAUACAAACUCAAUUUAAAGAGAGUUUGAUGAAAGUAAGACAAUCAUUUGCUAGCAAAGGAUCUGAAAGUAGUGAUUUAAAAGAUAUAUUAAACUCUUUGCAAGUUUAUUUAAUGCAAAAGGUACAAGCAUCACUACUAGACUUAAUGGCAUUUUUACAGAAUAACUUGUCAUUUGGACUAAAACCUUGGUGUGCUAAAGCAGUAGCUGAUUCUUGUUGGAAAGUAAUCUCUGAGACUAUGAUCAAUUUAUCAGAUAUGGUAAAAAAAAUGGCUUGCUUGCAAUCAUCAAAUAAUAACAUUCCUUUUGAACUAUUGUUGAUUUUAGCAAAAUUAUGCUUAGAAAUGCAAGAGACUGGUGUUACAACAUUACAUACACAUUUGAUAAAACUGUUAGAAGAGUCAGCUCCAGGUCUCGUUGUGGAAAGUAAAGAUACUAAUAGUGUAAUGGUGCAUUUGUCUACUGCAGCCCAGUCUGCUUUGGAUUCGGAAGUAGUAUUCAUUGGCCAAACAGCAGCUCAAAUGUUAAGAGUUUCUGUCCUUGCAAGAGACUGGUUGCGUGCUCCGGAACCACGAGGCCCUCGUGCUGUAUGCCGAAGAGUGGUGGAAACAUUAGCCAGUGCUGAUAGUGCUGCUUCACAACUAUUUCCUACAAGUAUAAAGCCAUCAAGUGAUUCCAGUCGGAGAACAAUAUGGUCUCGUGCACCAUCAUCUUUCUCACCAAUCAACAGAAUAUUUUCAGAAAGAAUAGAGGUGUUCAGUCCGGCAGGUGCAGACAGAGCUGCUUUAUCUAACGGCGCAUUAAAAGUUGCAUUGAAAGCAUUAGUAGAGUGUGUAAGAUUACGAACUUUCGGCAGGCAUGGCUUGCAGCAAUUGCAAGUUGAUGUACAUUUUCUUCAACAGAGAUUGUCAUGUAUGGGCAAUGAUGAGAGGCUUCUUAAUGCUUUGCUCGAGGAUGCUUUAUCUUCAGCUCAAUUGAGAUGUGUAGAUCCGCAACUAAUGGAACCUAGUAUUGUUGAUAUAAUUUGUGAAAGGGGAUAACUGCAUGAUUUAUAUGUUUACUAUUUAUAAUGUCUAUUUAAUUAGUAAUCAACAAAGUGUU